AUGGUUAAGUCGAUGGUGGAGACAUUCCAGAAGAUGAAUAUUACCGAUGAGAUCGAGAGGACAGAGGAUCAAGAGCCCGUCUAUAAUUGUAAGUUAGUCCUUUGACAGAGUGCUUAUUGGGGAUCGUGCAAAGUCAACCUUCAGUGCAACGUUCUGUAGAAGAAAAAUAAUAAAAAAAAAAAAUAUAAUAUUUUUUAUGUAAACGUUUAGUAGGUGUACGGAGACUUGCUUCGGUCCAAAACUGACCUUUCAAUAUCUCAGAAAGGUUCGUUGUAGACAGGCUGUUUGUACUAGAGUCUAUUGCACAGAUAUUCCAUUGUAAACCGAAUUCCAUCCAAUUCAAAUUUUUCUUUUAGUAGCUGUAUGCGUCCUCAACGGCUGUGUGGGAAACCUCGUAAUAAGGGAGCAAUUCGAAGAAGCCCAGGACUUCCGCCAAUCCAAGAACGAGAUUCUCUGUUUCCUCCUCACCCGAGGCUCCAAGUUGCCGCUGAAAACUGCGGAAGAAAAGUCCACCGACUACACCGAUCCUCACUUUUCGCAAUACUUCUCAACCUUCAUUGGCCAUUUAUUUAUGGCCGGCAAAACUGAGAAGGCCAAGCUUUGGAGCAAGAGAAAAGAAAGCCUUCAACGAAUCAACGAAACUUUCAAGGGCGCCCUAUGGAAGAGUGUGAAAAUGCAUCAGACGCUGAGAAAUGUCAAGGUCAAUGAGGGAAUUGGCAAGAUUUUCUUUUUGAAAGAUUGUCGUUUCGAUUGA